UACGCUGAAUAUCUGGGCACCGGCAAGCCAGACGAGGGUUGGCCUACGGAAGACAGCUGGCUGUCUCUAGACCAGCUCUUCGAGGUGAAUCAGAACCUCAUGUCAACUUCAUGCAAGCAGUGGAACGUGGCGGACAACUCGGCCGCAGAAAUCUCGGACCUCAAAUCCAGCAUCGAGACAGUUGCCCAGAGCAGCGGCGUCGACGCGCGUUUCAUCCUUGCCAUCAUGUUGCAAGAGAGCAACGGCUGCGUUCGCGCUCCGACCACCAGCUACAGCGUCACGAAUCCUGGACUCAUGCAAUCAUACCAAGGAAUUGGAACCUGUAAUCCUGGGACGGCAGUCGCGCCACAGCCAGUCAACCCGUGCCCAGCCAGCGACAUCACACAAAUGAUCCAAGACGGCACCGACGGAACAGGCGAAGGGUCGACAAGCCUCACCGCAGCACUCGCCAAAGCUGGCACCGGCGAUGUCUCGCGAUACUACAAGGCCGCACGCAUCUACAACUCAGGCUCCUUGGACAGCUCUGGCUUGCUUCAGGCUGGAGUUGCGACUCACUGCUACUCUUCUGAUGUUGCCAAUCGCUUGCUAGGC